ACUGAUACAAUAAAAGCCUGAACCCGAACCGAGCUGCGUGUGCUCGCGCGGGAGGCGUCCAUGCACGUGUGUGAGAGCGUCCUACACACAUGCCCAGAGACGAGUGCAUUAAUCAGCUUCGGAGAGAGCCCGUCCGGCGCUCACGCAUGCCGUGCGUAACCGCAACGCACGCAAUUCACGCACGCAUGCACAUACGCGCGUAACGUCGUCUUGGCUCCGGUUGUCCCUUUAAAAAUCCGAAUCCCAAGCCAAUGAUUUAUCAAACUCCUAUUAUCAAGAAAAUGUCACGCGAAGGGCACCUUGCUGAGCACUGACGCAAAACUCCGGACUUUCCCUCGGAGCUCGAGGAAAGCUUUGCACUUUGUGCUCUCGCGCGGCGACGACCAGUCCGCUCCCAGUCCUCUCCUCGUCUCCUCACAGCUGUUUCCAGCCUGCCAGCAGACACAUGCAACAAAAUGGAUUUCUCUGACCAGAGAGAAAUGGCCAAACAGAUGGCCGGCGCCAGCGCUCCGACCGGGUACAUCCCGACACAGCAGCCCGAUGGAGCCGCGGGAUUUACAGCAAACAGACCGGACACCGCGGCCGCGUGCCCCCCGGCCGCCCCGCGCCACCACCCGGCGCCGCAGCCGCCUCCCCCGUGCAACGAGAGCAAAACUUUUUCUAACGCGGAAAACAAACCGGGAGAACUGGACAGCAGCAAAGCGUACGGGACGUUUAAAAGCGCCGCGCCGGCGGCCCCCGGAUCCGCGGCCAUCAACUCGGCCUUCAGGAAGGAUUCCGCCGGUUCGGCCCGCGCGGGGCCCGCCCAGUACGGCGACCCGCUGCGGGCCGCCGCGGAGCAGAACAACGCCGCGGGCAACUGGACGGCCAUGAGCCAGACCACCAUCGUGCUGGGGACAGAUGGCAACACGUCUGUUCAGCCCGGCGCCGUGGCGGGGGAUGACGAUGAUGAUGAGGAAGGAGAUGAGAAUAAGGCCAGAGGAAACUGGUCCAAUAAGAUGGAUUUUAUUCUGUCCAUGGUUGGCUACGCGGUGGGACUGGGGAACGUGUGGAGGUUCCCUUAUCUUGCUUUUCAAAACGGGGGAGGAGCCUUUUUGAUCCCUUACUUGACAAUGCUGGGCAUCGCCGGCAUCCCAAUCUUUUUAUUGGAGGUGUCCCUGGGCCAGUUUGCCAGCCAGGGCCCCGUGUCAGUGUGGAAGUGCAUCCCAGCUUUGCAAGGUUGCGGGAUUGCCAUGUUGAUAAUAUCUGUCUUGAUAGCCAUAUACUAUAAUAUUAUAAUGUGCUGGACACUGUACUACCUGUUCGCUUCGUUGAAGGGCUCACUGCCAUGGGCUAACUGUAGGAAUGAGUGGAACACGGUGGAAUGUAAGGACAAAGACAUGCUGCUAUUAGACACGUGCAUCCUGCGGGACAGAAACAUCACCUCCAUCAAGAACUCCACUUUCUGUCUGUCCCCGAGCAACGUGGGGAACCUGACCAAGCUGAUGAACAUGACAAUAGACGUCAACAAGACCUACGUCAGCCCCAGCGAGGAGUACUUCAAGUACAAUGUGUUGCACAUCUCCAAAGGAAUCGAAUACCCGGGAGACAUCCGCUGGCCUCUGGCCGGCUGUCUGCUCCUCGCCUGGAUCAUCGUCUACUGCUCUCUGGCCAAAGGCAUCAAGUCAUCGGGGAAGGUGGUGUAUUUCACAGCCACGUUCCCCUACGUGGUGCUGGUCAUCCUGCUCAUCAGAGGGAUAACCCUCCCCGGGGCCUUCGACGGCAUCCUCUACUUCAUCACACCCAAGUGGGAGAAGCUGAACGACGCAAAGGUGUGGAAAGACGCGGCCACUCAGAUCUUCUUCUCGCUGUCGGCGGCUUGGGGAGGCCUCAUCACUCUCUCUUCCUACAAUAAGUUCCACAACAACUGCUACAGUGACACCAUCAUAGUGACGUGUACAAACAGUCUCACCAGUAUAUUUGCUGGGUUUGUCAUCUUCUCCGUCAUCGGUUUCAUGGCGCACGAGUUGAAAGUGCCGAUAGAGCAGGUGGCAGAUGAAGGUCCAGGCAUAGCGUUCGUGGUGUAUCCUGAGGCUCUCACCAGACUUCCCCUGUCUCCUUUCUGGGCGAUUAUCUUCUUCCUCAUGCUCCUGACUCUUGGCCUGGAUACCAUGUUCGCCACCAUCGAGACCAUCGUGACCUCCGUGUCGGACGAGUUCCCCAAAUACCUGAGGAAACACAAACCCCUCUUCACCCUGGUCUGCUGCUUCUGCUUCUUCUUCCUGGGCUUCCCCAUGAUCACAGAGAGCGGCAUGUUCAUGCUGCAGCUGGUGGACACUUUCGCGGCCUCCUACUCGCUGGUCAUCAUCGCCAUCUGCGAGCUGGUGGGGAUCUCCUACCUCUACGGUCUGCAGAGGUUCUGCGACGACAUUGAAAUGAUGAUUGGUUUCCAGCCGAACCGAUUCUGGAGAAUCUGCUGGGCCUUUGUGACUCCCACCAUUCUGACGGGCAUCCUGGGACUCAGCCUGUACCAGUGGAAGGGGAUGACGUACGAGGACUACACCUACCCCAACUGGUCCAUGGUUAUGGGCUGGCUCAUGGUCAUCUGCUCCGUCAUCUGGAUCCCCAUCAUGUUCUGCAUUAAGAUGUACCUCGCCCCCGGCACCUUCGGAGAGCGUCUGAAGCUGGUCUGCUCCCCUCAGCCCGACUGGGGUCCGUUCCUGAUGAAGCACCGCGGAGAACGCUACAAGAACAUGACGGACCCCCUGGGAACCAACUCGCUGGGCCUCAAACUGCCCCCCAAGGACUUCCAGCUGGGCUCCUACCAGUAGCAGCCCAGCAACACCUUGUAUUCCC